AUGCGUUUUAUCCUCCUCGGCCUUCUCAGCGCUCUCCCAGCCUUCGCUGCUGCUGCCCCGCCCCCAAACAAUGCUGACCAGGAUUUCGGCGAUGAAGCGAGGGUGGAGAUGUUCAGCUCUGAUACCUGCGGUGGCGCUGUUGACUCCGUGAUGCUUGUGGGUUCCGGCUCCUACCGAUGCAUUCCCGUCACGAACAAACGCUCCAUCAAAGCGCCGGUUCUCAACGGCUGCGAAGUUCGCACGUGGAGCGGCAACAACUGCCGUGGAUCUAACUUCAGAUUGCCAGAUAGUGAUUGCCACUCUGUUCUCUACGCUUCCGUUGAGAUCAAGUGUUGA